AUGGCAGAUGAAACCGACGUGUGUGGAUUUGAGGAAGCUGUAAAACUGCUUUUAAACCCCUGGGGCCUGAGCCAGCUGAGCAUCCAACCAACACUUCAGAACUCACACACCACCACCCCGGCAAAUCUGCAGCACAAAAGGUUGUCGUGCUGCGCGCUCCGGCCGAGCACAGGCAACAUAGAUCUAAUGGCUGCUCGGCGAUCGUUCAACCUCACCUCGCUUGUUUUAACGUCACUAUUAUUGCUGUUUUAUGGAGCUGGCAAUGCCGAUUGCUUUGUCGCUCAUAAUAACAGCACGGAGAGACGUUCACUGCUUGAUUUUAAGGAGGCCAUCACAAAAGAUCCGACAGGAGUCUUGAGCUCCUGGAAUGACAGCAUUCAGUACUGUAUGUGGCCAGGCGUUACCUGCAGCUUAAAGCACCCGGGGCGCGUUACAGUGCUGAACUUGGAAAGCCUGAAGUUGGCAGGACAAAUAUCACCAUCUCUGGGAAACCUAACCCUCCUUAGACAACUUUUACUAGGCACCAACUUAUUACAGGGUAGUAUUCCAGAGACACUUCCAAAUUGUUCCAAACUCGUGGUGCUAAACCUCGCUUUUAACAUGCUAGUGGGUUCAAUUCCACGAAAUAUAGGUUUCCUCACCAAUCUACAAAUGAUGGACCUUUCCAACAAUAAACUCACAGGAAACAUUCCGUCAACCUUCAGCAACAUCACUCAGUUGCAACAAAUAUCCCUUGCAAACAAUCAACUCGAGGGAAGCAUUCCCGAAGAGUUUGGGAAAUUGUCGAAUGUUUUGGAGGUGCGUCUAGGUGCCAAUGCCCUAUCAGGUAGAGUUCCAACAGCACUCUUCAAUCUUUCCUAUCUUCAAGUACUAGACUUGAGUAUAAAUAUGUUAAGCGGCAGAUUGCCAUCUGAAAUUACUGGUGAUAUGAUGUUUAACCUCCAAUAUCUUUUACUGGGUAUCAACAAGUUUGAAGGUGACAUUCCAGGUUCACUGGGCAAUGCUUCACAGCUAACACGGGUAGAUUUUUCAUUGAAUAGCUUCACUGGUCAGAUUCCUAGUAGUUUGGGUAAACUUAAUUAUUUAGAGUAUCUAAACCUCGACCAUAACAAGCUUGAAGCAAGGGACAGUCAAAGCUGGGAAUUUUUAAGUGCACUGAGCACUUGUCCUCUAACAACACUCUCAUUAAAUGGAAAUCAAUUACAUGGAGUUCUACCAAAUUCUCUUGGUAACCUAUCAAUCACGCUUCAACAACUAAAUUUAGGUGCAAACAACUUGUCUGGGGCGGUUCCCCCGGGCAUAGGAAAAUACCACAACUUAUCUACCCUAACGCUAAGCUACAAUAAUCUUACAGGCACAAUUGAAAAAUGGAUCGGAGCCCUCAAGAAUCUAGAAGGGUUAGAUCUUGGAGGAAAUAACUUCAAUGGACCAAUACCAUACUCCAUUGGCAAUCUGACAAAGUUGACAUCCCUCGAUAUUUCCAAAAAUCAAUUUGAUGGUGUCAUGCCAUCCAGCAUAGGAAAUUUUCCACAGCUCACACACUUAGAUCUUAGUUAUAACAACAUCCAAGGUAGCAUACCUCUGCAGGUUUCUAACCUUGAACAACUCAUAGAGCUAUAUCUUUCAUCUAACAAGCUUACCGGGGAAAUACCAACUAGUUUAGAUCAAUGUCAUAAUUUGGUAACUAUCCAAAUGGGCCAGAACAUGCUAAUAGGGGAAAUACCAACAUCUUUAGGCAACCUAAAGAGCUUGAACAUGCUCAACCUUUCCCACAACAACUUGUCGGGAACCAUCCCAUCCAAACUUAAUGAUCUUCAACUACUCCGAAUGCUAGACCUAUCCUAUAACCAUCUCCAAGGGGUAAUACCAAGAAAUGGUGUAUUUGAAAACGCUUCAGCUAUUUCACUUGUUGGAAAUUGGGGGCUCUGCGGAGGAGCACCAAACCUUCAUAUAGGCUCAUGUCAUGCUGGUUCUCUGAAAUCAAGAAGGCAAUAUUAUCUGAUCAAAAUAUUGAUCCCAGUAUUUGGCUUUAUGUCAUUAGCCAUACUGAUAUACUUUGUACUCACUGAGAAGAAAAGAAGGAAGUAUACAUCACAGCUUCCUUUUGGAAAGGAAUUUCUCAAAGUAUCUCACAAGGAUCUAGAAGAAGCCACAGAAAACUUCUCGGAGUCUAACUUAAUUGGAAAAGGAAGCUAUGGUUCGGUAUACAAAGGGAAGUUAGGGCACAAUAAAAUGGAAGUGGCAGUGAAAGUUUUUGACCUUGAGAUGCAUGGCGCUGAAAAAAGUUUCUUAGCAGAAUGUGAAGCAGUUAGAAACAUUCAGCAUCGGAAUCUACUCCCAAUUAUAACGGCGUGCUCAACUGCUGACACCACCGGCAAUGCUUUCAAAGCUCUGGUUUAUGAGUUCAUGCCUAAUGGAAAUUUGGAGACUUGGUUGCAUCACAAUGGGGACGGGAAAGAUAGAAAACCUCUGGGGUUCACGAAGAGGAUAAGCAUAGCUCUUAACAUAGCUAAUGUAUUGGACUAUUUGCACCAUGAUAUUGGAACUCCAAUCAUCCAUUGUGACUUGAAACCCAGUAACAUUCUCCUUGACCAUGAUAUGAUUGCUUACCUGGGAGACUUCGGGAUUGCAAGAUUUUUCCGUGAUUCAAGGUUGACAUCAAGAGGAGAGAACAGUUCCAAUGGUCUGCGGGGUACUAUAGGGUAUAUCCCUCCAGAGUACGCUGGAGGUGGCCGCCCAUCUACUUGUGGAGAUGCAUAUAGUUUCGGGGUUCUACUCCUUGAGAUGCUUACAGGCAAAAGACCAACAGAUUCUAUGUUUGAAAAUGGAGUUAACAUUAUCAAUUUCGUCGACAAGAACUUCCCAGAUCAACUAUUUGAAGUCAUCGAUAUUCCUCUCCAAGAAGAAUGCAAGGGUUAUACUACUCCAGGAAAGAUGGUAACAGAAAACGUGGUCUACCAAUGCUUACUUUCUCUAGUACAAGUAGCACUUUCUUGUACACGUGAGAUCCCAAGUGAACGUAUGAACAUGAAAGAAGCAGGCACCAGGUUGAGCGGAAUCAAUGCAUCAUACCUCGCAGGAAAAGAUAAAUAUGCUUCUUAG